CGUGUGAGGCGGUGACGUCAGAGUGUGACGUGGUCGUGACAGUCAGCGCCACCUACCCCCAUCUGCUAACAGCAAUCUAAGACAAUCAUAUCAGUGACGCAAGGAGCCGAUUGUCGACGAGUGACAUCAGUGUCACUGACAACAGUACCAAACAUUCGAUGAGCGCACAAGGUUCUGGAAGACAAUGUGUUGGUCAGGGCUGACAUCACGUGCACUAGUCACCGCCUUCUUCUGCAGCGCCAUCAAGUACUCGGUCGCGCAGUCCUUGUGUCCGGCUGGAUGGGAGGAUUUUCAAAGCACGUGCUACGCCUUCGGUACUGACAAGGUCAAGUUCGUGGAUGCAGUGACUUUCUGUAAUAAACACUCUGCUGAUGUUGUUGAGAUAACAUCUGAAGCUGAAAACAAAUUUGUUGCUGAACUGGUAAAAAGUAAAGGAGGUGAAGAUGUCUGGAUUGGAAUAAGUGACCUCAUACAAGAAGGUCACUGGAUAUACCUCAGGAGUCUCAAGGAAAUAACAUUUUCCAAGUGGGAGGCACACGAGCCCAAUAACAUGGGAGGUAAAGAAGGUUGUGCACUCUUACAUGAUGAUGGCUACUGGAAUGACAUUCCAUGCUCAGCACAUUUCCAUAUUGUUUGUGAGUUACACUAAUCUGCCUCCCGUGAAUAAAGAUUGACGGACAAGAGCAGCUACAUUGCUGGGGCUUGCAAAGUUGACUUAAACAGCAGUAAAGAGCAUUCUACAGAUGUGGAGACUCUGCUUGUUGAUACACUUGUUGUUUGUGUGGCUGGUGGUGUGAUUGUUGGUGUGUCUGUUAUGAUUGUUAGGGGGAUUGAUGAUGUGUCAAGUCACGUGCUUGGCUGCUAGCACCGUAGGCGGCCAUCUUACACAAUAGUCUUCAGCCUCUACUUCUGCUGGACACAAGCUGAAUUACCGAUCUGUGUUUCCAUGUCUCCUGGCAAUGAGUAGUCAUAUAGAGAUGAACAACAUGACCAUCUCACAUCCAUUCAGUGGCAUCCAAAGCGUGUCAAUAAAAACAGAGGGAUCACAUGAUUCGCUUUUUAUUCUACACUUUCACUUGAGAAAGACAAAGAUGUCACAACAAUAGUCACGUGUCGAGAAGGGCUGAGAGGUGAGCUGGAGUAACAAUGUCAGCUUCUCUAAGUAAUACAUGUUUCUAAGCAGGAGUGAAAUAAAAUGUUCGCAAUAUUCCCCUCUCGUGGUGUGCUUUAUGGACUGGUGUAGUUGUUGAGGGAGAGAGCCAGAUCCUAAAGGUCUUGCUGCCAAUGACGAAGAGGUUUGGGGCAUCGGGCGCAGCGAGAGGAGAUUAAUCAUUAAACAUUGAAGUUUCCUAUAGACCGACUUCCCCCACUUGCCAGUCAUCUGGUGUCCUCAGCCCUCCGUGUCACCCAGAACAUCUAGUCACCAAGUACGACAGGGCAGGCUGAGUAAAUAAACAACAACACAUACAGAGUACAUUGCCUUAGUCCGCACAUGCAGAUAUGCUUAGCGACUGUAGCAUCAAGUGUGAUGGUGGCGGGUAUGUGGUAGGGUGGCGGGUAUGUGGUAGGGUGUCGGGUAUGUGAUGGGGUGGCGGGUAUGUGGUAGGGUGGCGGGUAUGUGGUAGGGUGUCGGGUAUGUGGUAGGGUGGCGGGUAUGUGGUAGGGUGUCGGGUAUGUGAUGGGGUGGCGGGUAUGUGGUGGGGUGGCGGGUGUCGCGUCACCACCCCCUGGCCGCCGGAAGAUGCACGCCCGAAGUCCGCUCGCACAGCCGGAGACGAACGCGCAACCCCCUUCGCUCGGCCGGAGACGGCUUGCUGACAUUCCAUUCGAACCACAGGCUGAGCGCAGACCACACAACAACGAUGACAAAGACAAAAAUCUACAAAACAGACAGGUUUAUUAACUAAACAUAAAAUAACACUAAUAGGAGGCAAGCAUCAAACAUAAUUCACAAUACAAGAGUUGCCCUGUGCACAGGCAUGUUACAGUAGGCAAAGAAAAAAAAAAACAACAAAA